UUCCAAUAUUCAUAAACGUAUGUAAAUUUUACCUACAGAUACCUAUCGAAAUCUUUCUAAAUUUAAGGUAGUCUAUUUUUUAAAAACAGAAUGCCAGCGAUUGGAAUCAAUGGCUUCGGGCGCAUCGGUCGGAUGUUUGCCCGCCAGGCUCUGGUGCGCAAGGAUGUCCAGAUCGCGGCCAUCAACGAUCCCUCGCUGGAUCCCAAGUACCUGGCCUACAUGCUGCGCUACGACUCCACACACGGCCAGUUCAAUCAGAAGAUCUCCAUAGAGGGCAACUGCCUGGUGGUCAACGGCAAGAAGAUCCAGCUGCUCAAGGAGGCGGAUCUGAAGAAGGUCAAGUGGGGUGAUAUGGGCGUGCACACGGUGGUCGAGUGCUCCGGCAGGUUUACCACCCUGAAAGCCUGCCAGGCGCACCUGGAUGGUGGUGCCAAGAAGGUGGUCAUAUCGGCUCCAUCCGCCGAUGCUCCGAUGUUCGUGUGCGGCGUGAAUCUGGAUAAGUACAAAUCGAAUAUGCCGAUAAUCUCGAAUGCAUCCUGCACCACCAACUGCCUGGCGCCGUUGGCCAAGGUGGUCCACGAUAAUUUCCAAAUUUGCGAGGGCCUGAUGACCACCGUUCACGCGGCCACCGCCACUCAAAAGAUCAUCGACGGACCGAGCAGCAAACUCUGGCGGGAUGGACGCAGCGGCAUGAGCAACAUCAUACCCGCUGCCACGGGUGCCGCCAAGGCAGUGGGCAAAGUAAUCCCCGAUCUGAACGGAAAGCUCACGGGGAUGGCUUUCCGGGUGCCAGUGCCCAACGUUUCGGUGGUGGACCUAACGUGUCGCCUUGGCAAGCCGGGCAAAAUGGACGACAUCAAGAAGUGCAUCAAGGCGGCGGCCGAGGGCGAAAUGAAGGGCAUCCUGGGCUAUGUGGAGGAGGAGGUGGUGUCCACCGACUUCAACGGAUCUCGAUUCGCCUCCGUCUUCGAUGCCAAGGCCUGCAUUGCCCUGAACGACAACUUCGUCAAGCUGAUUAGCUGGUACGACAAUGAGACGGGAUACUCUUGUCGACUCCUCGACCUGGUUCUCCAUGCCCAACUGGCCGAUCACUGCGCCGAGAAGGAAAAGGCCGCUUGCAAGAAGAAGAAGGAAGAUCCAUCCAAGAAAAAGAAAGAGGAUCCUUGUAAGAAGAAAUAG